GCAAUGACCAGACGUUUGAAUAUAUGAUUCAACAUAAUACCAAGGUGUAAAAACAAUUGAUUUCACUCGCUACACAGAGAGAACAGCUAUUAGAGAGAGGAGUUAGAGCAAGGAUUGUCGCUCAGAAGGAACCUCCACGCGUGUGUUCGUCAGAUACUUCAAAACGCUGGAUAGCAAUCGCAGCCAUAACUCGCCCUAUCUCCUAAUGACUGGACCUUACUUGACUGUGGUCAGUAACAAAUUUUAAUGGGAGCAAGGAUAAAUCACCGAUAACAACCCCAUUUAAAUGACACCUCUUGAAAAUUGUGUAUUUACACACACUUUCUCGGUGGUUCGCUAAUUUCUCUUUGGGAUUACUUUGAUUUUGAAACCCAAGAUGUGUUUAUCAAGCGAGCGUGUUGAAAUGAGCAAAUAUAGUCUCUAUUGAGGAACACAAUGGUACCAAUCAACGAUUAUACAUUUUGGAUUUACAGAGCUAUUUAAACUUUAAUGAUCAAUGUUAUUGGCAAAAAUAUUUGCAUAAAUAUAAAAGUAAGAACUUGAGUUUCUAGAUAUGCCAGAGAACUGUUGAUGGAUGUCGUGUGUAGGAUAUCUAAUUGACUGUUUCCCAUGAGGAGCCUAAAUCUGUGCUGGUUUUGGGCGAGUGUUAGUGUUUUGUGUAGUCCCGUCUCUGUUUCUAAUAUAACAGAACCGCUGAAGGUCUCAUUCCUGGCAUCACGUAAGUACUACGGCGGAAUUCUGUACGGAGGGGCCUUUUACCGGGCCAUUGACGACAUCAACAAGGAUGAUAAGCUGCUACCUGGAUAUGUCUUGGAGCCCAUGUUUGCCGAUACACAUUCGGACACUCUGGAAACGGUCGAGUAUAUGACCAAGCAUAAGACCAAUGGCACCCUGGGUUUCAUCGGACCGGAGGGAGCCUGUGGAAUAGCGGCCACUAACGCCGCCGCCUGGAAUAUGCCCAUGGUGGUUUACAGAUGCCACGACUCAGAGUUGUCAGAAGACCCGCAACUAGAGAGACGAAUUCGAAAAACAUUUGUAAGAACCCAGCCUUCAACAUCCAAAGUAUCAAAGUCCAUAACCUCACUACUGCUGCAUUUCAAUUGGCGCAAGGUCAGCCUCGUUCUGGGAAAUCGUACUGUAUGGAACCAGACUGCAGAGUAUCUCAUAUCUCUUCUGAAAAAGAACAGCAUCGAGAUCCGCCAACAAGAAAUGUUCCAGGAACCGUAUACUCCUAGUUUGGAUAUGUCAAAAAUAGUUUUAAACACCGUAAUGUCAACAAGAAUCUACGUGUUCCUGGGUGAUUACCAUGCUCUGAUAGAGUUUGUGCGAAGUUUGGACAAACAACCCAAAAAUAACGGGGACUAUGUUGUCAUCACAGUUCUUGAUGAACAGCCCACGUCAAAAUUAAAACACUUUUUAAAAACGCCAUACGAACAGGAACUUAAGGACGAACACUGGAUGGCCUUUCGCAACGUUUUAGUAAUAUCCCCUAGGUCCCCCAGUAACCCAGAUUGGGAAAAAUUUAUCGACGAUGUGCGAAUUCGCAAUAUGGAACCACCCAUCAGUCUGCCACGACCUCCAAUAUCAUUGAUAAACAUAACGUUUCAGCAAGUUGUGCCGAUCCACGCAGCCCAUCUCUAUGAUGCAGUGAUGGUUUUUGCCCGCGCACUAAACGCAACCAUCUUUAGCAGUGAGGGUAACUUCAGAAACGGCAGAGAGCUUGUCGCAAAAAUUCAAAGAACAUCCUUCAAGAGUAUCCAAGGUUUCGAUGUGUAUGUGGACGAAACGGGAGAUGCUGAGGGGAACUACUCUCUUUUGACCUUGACAAGGCCAUCCAAAGGUCAACCCUAUCUUGGGCCAGUCGGCUGUUUCAAUAGAAACUUCAGUGACUCAGGCGUGCCUGAGUUUGUUCUAAAUAAAGAAAUAGACUGGACAUCGGGAGAAGUGCCCAAGGAUGAGCCGACGUGUGGCUUCAACGAGGAGAAAUGUCAAUACGAACCUGACUGGAAGCUAGCCACCCUAUGCAGCGUGAUCGCGGCAGUAAUCUGUGUAGUAGGAACCGUGUUCGUCUGCAGACACUACCUUUAUGAACAAAAAAUAGCACGCCUUUCUUGGAAGCUUGAAUACAAAGACCUUAUGUUUGUGGACAACGUUGAAGAAAUAAUAUCUCCCGCCAAACGGAAGAGGAAGUCUCACACGUCCUGGCGAUUUCUGAUCGAUGGCAACGAUUCUGGACGAUCAACACUACUCGGCAGUACAAAAUCGGAGUCGGGGACACUUCUAGGUCCCCAGAAACUGGACAAGAAGUCGAGUCUGCGCGCGUCAAUGGUUGCCCCGCCGGUCAAAGUAGGCUCCUACAAGGGAACCAUUGUCUCCGUGAAAAUACUCAUCAAAAAGAACCUGGACAUCAACCGAUCGCUGAAGAAACAGUUGUACAUCAGGAAGGAGAUGACGCAUGACAACAUCAACAGAUUUAUCGGAAUGAGUGUCGAAUCCCCGCAUCUAUAUAUAGUAACACAAUACUGUGCCAGGGGCAGUCUCAAGGAUAUCCUAAAAAACGAAGACCUGCAUCUGGAUGACAUGUUUAUUGCAUCACUCGUCGCCGAUUUAGUCAAGGGAAUGAUAUUCAUUCACGAAAGUGAGAUUGGUUUCCAUGGGAACUUGAAAUCCUCUACAUGUCUAGUUGACAGCCGAUGGGUCCUGCAGAUUGCGGAUUUUGGACUUCAGCAGCUGGUCAACAAAGACAACAGCCCCAAACCAGAAAACGAAAGUUAUUAUGAUGAGUUGUUGUGGACUGCACCUGAACUGCUCAGAUCAAAAAAUACUCAGCCCCAGGGAACCCAAAAGGGAGACACAUACUCAUUUGCCAUUAUAUUGUAUGAAAUUCACGGCCAAGAUGGACCCUGGGGAAAAACAAAGUACUCAUCAGCAGAAAUUAUCCAUCGUGUGACGUCAGUAGCAGAAGACGUCCCAUUCCGUCCUGACGUAAGCAAGCUGUCGUGUGAAGCAUUCAUCAAGCAGUGCAUUACUGAGUGUUGGCACGAAAGUCACGAGUACCGGCCAGACUUUAAGUACAUCAGAUACCGCCUCAAACCUAUGCAGCAAGGACUCAAACCAAACAUAUUUGAUAACAUGCUUGCGAUCAUGGAGAAGUACGCAAACAAUCUGGAAGCUCUUGUUGCAGAGAGAACAGAACAGCUGUCGGAAGAAAAACAGAUGACAGAAAAUCUCCUGUACAGAAUGUUACCAAGACCAAUUGCUAACAAGCUGAAGAGGGGCCAGUACGUUAACCCGGAGAGUUACGACUGUGUGACCAUGUACUUCAGUGAUAUUGUGGGCUUCACCGCUCUGUCGGCAGAGAGCACACCUAUGCAGGUAAUUGACAUGCUGAACGAACUGUACACAUGCUUCGACUCUAUUAUUGCCCAUUAUGACGUUUACAAAGUGGAAACCAUUGGAGAUGCAUAUUUGGUUGUCAGCGGACUCCCUAUACGAAACGGAGACAACCAUGCAGGCGAAAUAGCCUCGAUGUCACUCAAACUCUUGUCCGCCAUAUUGUCCUUCAAAAUCAAACAUAGGCCCGAUGAUACACUGAAGUUACGCAUCGGUAUUCAUUCAGGUCCCGUAGUAGCAGGAGUAGUCGGUCUGCGCAUGCCCCGCUUCACAUUAUUUGGAGACACGGUGAAUACAGCAUCUCGAAUGGAGACCAAUGGAUUGCCUCUCAAGAUUCACUGUAGCAGUCAAUUCAAGGCAAUUCUAGAUAAGUUGGGAGGAUAUACUCUCUCAGAGAGGGGAUAUGUCAGCAUGAAGGGCAAAGGAGACCAGUUUACAUACUUUCUAGAAUCGGAGGACGAGUCAUAUCGGAAAAGGCGGUUAGAUUCACUGAGUAGGAUUCAAAGGGAGUACAGUAUCUCCCAAAAGUCGGACGGAACAGUUAGCGGUUGUCGCAAAUGUAGCGCACAACUGAGCGAAAAUGAAUCUAUUAACAGCAUAUCCGAAAAGUGUAACGGUUUCUCGGACUAUUGUAGUGACUGCCUCCGGAACAGUAUGCCAAAGUUUGUGUCGGAACAAAAUACGAAGUGCAAUAGUGGUGCUUAUGAAGACGAUUUUCGGCAAAACCUAGAAAAUAAUAAUACUCGAUCUCAUUCCAAUACCUGCGGAUUUUGGCGAGAAAACGAAGUCCGAAUUCCCCUAAUGAACGGUAGUGAUGAAUUAGGUUUCUAUGGACCGGAAGGGUUAGCUGAUGAAAGUGUGUUAUAGUUCAUUAUUUUCAAAUAAUGAGUUGAUGUCUAUCCAUUUUCAAUUCAUUUUUCAAAACUUACUUGCAUAUCUAUGUGUUAUAUGUAUUGUAUUUGUUUUGUGAACUAACCAAAUGUUAAAACGAGAAGUGUGAGAGUUUUACCUCUACAUGUAAAUACUUAAAAUGUCUGUGAUAAAUACAAAUAUAGUAAAAAGAAUG